AUGCAGGUGAAACCAGCAAACCAGAACCUGUUUGAGGUGAUAGAUGAAGACAGAACAAGAAUAGUAAACUUGAAGGAGAAGACGUGCACAUGCAAUAGAUUUCAAAAAGAUGAAAUGCCAUGUAACCAUGCAGUCGCCGUCAUGAAGGACUUGAACAUAAACACAUACAACUACUGUGCACAAUACUACACAUCAAAAGCAUGGCUGCAAACAUAUGAAGAAACAGUAUACCCAGUUGGAAACGUAAGAGAAUGGGAACUUCCAGAUUUUUUUGAAGAAAUCAUAGUGUUGCCUCCAAAGGAGAGAAUCAAGUCUGGAAGGCCGAGGAAAAGAAGAAUGGCAGCAGCUUGGGAAACAAAGAAACAAAACAAGUGUGGCAAGUGUGGACAAAAGGGACAUAACAAAAAGACCUGCAGAAGAAUUACAGCAUAG